AUGCUAGCUGUGGUGGAGAAAAGCGUCAACUGCCAGGAAGUGUAUCGGAUAUCGGAUCGACUACGGGAUGACGAGACAUUCAUCCGGAAUGCAAUUUACAUUGCUGGAAAUAAGGCCCUUGACUUGGCAUCGGAAAGGCUAGGUUUGUGUGCACUCGGAAACAAAGCGCAGGUUUUGAGGGCACUCGAUGAAUCGACUGCAUCCGACGUCACGGGUCUGAUUCUGAAGCAGAUGCCCGAAGAUCUCAAAUCGGAUCGAGAUGUGUUUUUAGCUGCUGCAGAAACUGGUGUUGGUGUCUUGCAACAUGCAUCAGAGGGGCUGCGCGAUGACGAGUCAUUGGUAUUGAAAACUAUCCUCUAUGAUGCACUCAAUGCAUUCAAGAACACUCCCCCAAGGCUUAGAACAGACAAGUCGUUUGUCAUCAAAGCGAUGCAGAUAUCUCCCAAGCACAUGUACCUCAUCCAUUCUGACCUGUUGACGGACACAGAGUUCUUGAAUGAACUUGCUGAACAGGUGCGCUUUCACUCACAAUUGAAAAGGUUGGGACGAGACAUGGUCAUAGGUCCGAGGCCGCCCCCAGGACCAAGCAGGGAUGAGUGGCUUGAAGCGCUGGAUCGAGCCAACACUUUGUACAAUGAUGCGCUUUCCGUCAGCGCAUUGUUUUACUUCCUUUCCCAUUGCCCCGCGAUUAUCUAUUCCUAUGAAGCUUAG